AUGAAGCUGUCUUCUGCUGACACGGACAUUAGCGGCUUCAGCAAUACAGACAUUGCCUUUGCCUGGUGCGAGUCAUCGUUCUCCACGCCUAUCACUGCAUACCCCACCGAAUGGUUCGAGUCCAGAAGCGAGAUCGUGACCCAAACGGAUAACGCCACGGUUCUUAGCAGUGGGAUCGCGUCCGUAGGGCCUAUGGCAGCCUACUGGCAGGAAGCAGAUCUCUCGAAAUUCGAUCCCAACUAUGCGGCUAUACUCGCAUCGAAAUUUGAUCUUGACUUUACUCCGACAGCUAUAGCCACAGCCGAUGGCACAGCCGAAACAGCGUCUCCGCCAGAUCGAAGUCAGUUCCCAUCAGCGACGUCGUCGCUCGAGAUGGACCCUGAAGAAGCUACCGGUCUCAGUAGCGGCGCUAAAGCAGGCAUUGGCGUUGGGGUAGCCUUCGGAGUAGUAUUACUGUGCGCCACUGGUUUCUUACUUCACAGGAGACGCGUUCGGAAGGUGAAGCUCGAUAGCAAAUCUGCUUUACAAAACGAGCAGCCUGAAUUGGUUCAGACACACACCGCAUAG